GAGGACCAGAUCCAGGACUUCAUCUGGUUCCUUACAAAGUCGCGCAUCUCGGUCGAUGUUGGCGACAUCUCCCAGAGGGCCGUCAAGGCCAAGAGCAAGGCCGACAGUGAUAGCAUACCAGAGCCUCCAGACUGUCGGCUCGCUUCUGCUCACAAACUCUGACUUCCGCUUGUUCCUCUCCGACCUGAACAUUGUUGGCCGUGAAGUCUUCAAGGAUACGGCUUUCACCUUGUCGAAUGUCGCUGAAGAGGCAGGCAGAAGGCUCGAGCCAUCCCAGGAAGAACAGAAGAAGCUAAACGAGCCCGGUGCGGAUGCCGGGCCCCCGCCAAGCAGGGAUGACCUGGAGAACGAUGUCACGCAAAUGUCAAAGGUUGUCGGCAAUGGAGCAGCCCAGGUUGCCAAAGAAGCCCAGCACAGCCUGGCAGAUCAUCUCAGCGGUGAUGAAAGGGAUACCAUGCUCGCCCGCUUGAAACAAGCUGUUCUGAAGCUGAGAAAACGCAACGACUACUCUGAUUCAGUCUCGACUCUCUCCCACCUGAUCAAGCGCUAUGCCAUGAUAUACUCACGCGCUGUGCAAGAGACUCUCGAUACUGCUCAAAGUGAUGUCAACGAAAACCAAGAAACUGACAGAGCAAUGAAGAACUUCUGGACGUUCAUUACCUCGUUUGGUGAGCACAAAGAGUGGGAAGAGCUGGAAGACAGGUUCAAGCGCGUUAUGGCCCACAAAGAGAAUGACCCUGAAUUCGAAGAUCUGAUGACAGACGUUGGCAAUUCAACUCAAAAGCUGCUUACUGACCCAGAAUUUUUCGACCAUGCCGACGAGAAGUUCCAGGAGCUUCGCAAGAAGGCACGCGGAGUUGGCUCUGACUCCUCGCUUCGGGAGGAUGUCGACGGACUGCUCAGUCAGGUUCAAACUACUCUUCAAGCUGUGACGAAAGAUGAGGAUAUUGCAAAGCUUAUCAGGACAACUUUCAGGAUUGCCAACAUACUCUCGCCAAAAUACCAGUAUACCAAUGGCGAGUUGGUUACUGAUGCGAUCAACGUCUUUGUGCCUGUGCUGAUACAAGCCAUACAAUAUGUUCCUAUUCCGAGGCUCGAGGUCUCUACGCCCGACAUCGAUCUUUUGCUCGAGAAUCUCAUCAUUGAGCCUGGAAAAACCGUCAAUCACACUUCUUUCCUGCCAUACAAGCUUCGAGUCGAGACCUACAAUGAUCUUGAGAUCAGGAAGGCCCGCUUCCGCACGACCACCAAGGUCAACUCGCUAGUUACUAUCAAGCUGGAUGGACUCUCAUUCCGUGCCGAUGAGGUUGGAUUCUGGCUGCGUGCGCAUUCUGGCCUUCUCCGCCUUGCGGAUGAAGGCAUUGCGUCAUUCCAACUUGAUGAAAAGGGCAUCGACAUUCACCUUGACGUUGAAGUUGGCAAGGACAGACUCGAGAAGAUCCUCAGCCUGAAGGAUGUUCGCGUGCACGUCCACAAGCUCAACUAUACGACCAGCAAGUCCAAAUUCAGUUUUCUAGGCUGGCUCUUCAAGCCACUGCUGCGCCCCAUCGUCCGCAAAGUCAUGGAAAAGCAACUUGCCACCGCCAUCGCCGAUGGCUUGCAUGCUGCAAACCGAGAGUUACUCUUUGUCAAGGCCAUCAUCGCACGCCUGACUCCAGAAGAGGAUCCAGACUUGUACACCCGCGUCGGUCUCGUACAACCUGGCAAGGGCGUCUUCAAGGGUGUCUACGCGCCUGGUAGCGUCGUCAAGCUGUGGAACGAGGAGGCUGCGCAAGCUGCAGAGCGCAUUGAGGACUACGAGCAGGGUGGUUGGAGGAAUGACAUCUUCGAUGUCCACACGAGGAACCUUACUUGACCGGUUUCAGGCCACGCCCACGAAGGUCUAGUGCCACAAGCACAUGUGGUACACGAGAAUUAACGACUAAUGAAUAUUUAAUAUGGCUCUGAAACGGACAAGCAACAAAGCGGGCGGACAAAGCAAUGGAGCGGGCAUUAUGAUUCUACACCAGAGUAUUAGCACUGGACAGAUUGGCUUUUGGUGGAACUUGACGUGGGAGGUCACUUUGUAGUGUGAUACCGUUGCAACAAUAAUCAGUAUCUCCUGACAGUUUCUUUAUCGCUUGACCACGUAGCUGACCUUCGUGGCAACAGAGCCCAACAC